CCGGGCGUGUGCUUCCGGCGUCGGCGGCCGUGGCCGAGGACGGUGUGAGAGCGGUAAGAUGGCGGCGGCGGCGGUGGUAGAGUUCCAGAGAGCCCAGUCUCUACUCAGCACCGACCGGGAGGCCUCCAUCGACAUCCUCCACUCCAUUGUGAAGCGUGAUAUUCAGGAGAAUGAUGAGGAGGCCGUGCAGGUCAAAGAGCAGAGCAUCCUGGAGCUGGGGUCUCUCCUGGCGAAGACUGGACAAGCUGCGGAGCUUGGCGGACUCCUCAAGUAUGUGCGACCCUUCUUGAAUUCCAUCAGCAAGGCUAAAGCAGCUCGCCUGGUCCGAUCUCUUCUUGAUUUGUUUCUUGAUAUGGAAGCAGCUACCGGGCAGGAGGUCGAGUUGUGUUUAGAGUGCAUCGAAUGGGCCAAAUCAGAGAAAAGAACUUUCUUACGCCAAGCUUUGGAGGCAAGACUGGUGUCUUUGUACUUUGAUACCAAGAGGUACCAGGAAGCGUUGCAUUUGGGUUCCCAAUUGCUGCGGGAGUUGAAAAAGAUGGAUGACAAAGCCCUUUUGGUGGAAGUACAGCUUUUAGAAAGCAAAACAUACCAUGCCCUGAGCAACCUGCCAAAAGCCCGAGCUGCCUUAACCUCUGCUCGAACCACAGCAAAUGCCAUUUACUGCCCCCCUAAAUUGCAGGCCACCUUGGAUAUGCAGUCAGGUAUUAUCCACGCAGCAGAGGAGAAGGAUUGGAAAACGGCGUACUCAUAUUUCUAUGAGGCGUUUGAGGGUUAUGACUCCAUCGAUAGCCCCAAGGCCAUCACAUCUCUGAAGUACAUGUUGCUGUGCAAAAUCAUGCUCAACACCCCAGAAGAUGUCCAGGCGUUGGUGAGCGGGAAGCUUGCACUCCGGUAUGCGGGGCGGCAGACAGAAGCAUUAAAAUGUGUGGCUCAGGCUAGCAAGAACAGAUCACUGGCAGAUUUUGAAAAGGCCCUGACAGAUUACCGGGCAGAGCUCCGGGACGACCCCAUCAUCAGCACGCACUUGGCCAAGUUGUAUGAUAACUUACUGGAACAGAAUCUGAUCCGAGUCAUCGAGCCUUUUUCCCGAGUACAGAUCGAACACAUAUCUAGCCUCAUCAAACUCUCCAAGGCCGAAGUGGAAAGGAAAUUAUCACAGAUGAUUCUUGACAAGAAGUUUCAUGGGAUCUUGGACCAGGGGGAGGGUGUCUUGAUUAUUUUCGACGAACCCCCAGUAGAUAAAACUUACGAAGCUGCUCUGGAAACAAUUCAGAACAUGAGCAAAGUAGUGGAUUCCCUCUACAACAAAGCCAAGAAACUGACAUAGAGUUGGAUCUGUAGCGGUCCUUUGGAGAGUGUGUGUGGCGGGAGAGUGAAACCUUUGGGGAAAAUGCUAGGAGAUUCUUUUUUCUUUCUGUUCUACUUUUCGCUCGGAAAGUUUUUAAAUCCUCAUUUGGUGCAUCUGUAUUCCAGCCGAUAGGUGUGCCAGUUUUCAUGUAAUCUUUACUGGCCCAACUUGGGAGUGGGGAAAUUGCUUAAAAAAAAAGAAAAAGAAAAAAAAAAGGUUAUUCUAAAUAAAAGGAAAAAGGCUUACACUACCUAAAGCUGUGCUCUCUGCCUCCUGGGAGAGGGCCGCAAAGCCAGGCGCUCCGCCAGCCACGGGGGCUCCUAACCCACCGCUGGGCGUCACCUCUCCUCUUCAGAAUUGGGUGUUUGCCUGACCAUCAAAGCAACGACUUUUUAUUCUGUUUGUACUGAACCAAAACAAACAACUGUGUAUAGACUGCUGUUUUCUUUUUUAUUUGAAACGAGGCGUUUCGGUGUUCUUUCCCCUGCCAUAUGGCCUGUCCACUCACCCUUCCCCUGAACAAUGGCUCCAGCAGACUGGCCGAAGGUCCCGCCGCGCCACCGCAGCAGCAGCGCCCGCACGGCUCCGCUCCGACCUGUGAAGGGAUGGGGACGAGGCCGGGAGCUCGUGUCCACUGCGGCCACAUGGGGAGCAGGGUGGGCCCUCGGGGGCCUGCUGUGCAUGUGGCCCUUUUUAACACAGUAAACUAGAUUAGACGUCAGUGUUUUAAUUGCCUCCCUUCUCUGCUCUUUUCUCCCCUCCUCUCUUUCCUCUCUCUCACCCAGGAGACCAUCCCAUUGUCUCUCUUCCUCCUUCCUCCUUCCCUUCCAGGGGAGUCAGGCUGUCUGAAACCCUUCAGCUUCUCUCCCUGUCCCACUGCUCCUGUCCUGCUGUCAGGUGGAUUUAUUCCUUUUUUAAACAGUGAACAUCAGAAAUGAGACUGUGGGGUGUGUGGAUUUUUCCCCCCUCUCUCUCCCAAGUUUUGUUGUUGGGUUUUUGAGCAACCUCAUGUCCCCCUCCCAGGGAGCUUCUUUAUUUACCUCUUAGAAAUGGAACGAAUGGGAGGUAGGGCACUGUACUUCAGCAUGCUUUGUUUUAUGAUGAGAUUACAUAGCAAGGCUUUCGUGCCAUCUGGGCAGGUAAGCUUCUGCACCUCUGUCGUGCUCAGCUAUCUUUUCUUCUUCUCAUUCCUCUUUGUUUUCUGUUUUUUCCUCCUCCUCCUCCUGCCUCCUUCCUGCUGGCCUCCGUUUAUCUUUCUCUUCCUUUCUCAGAUUAUCCUUCCAGGUUUCCGUAAUAAAUUUAUAUUUUGUAAAAGGAUUUUGUUGUAUCAGGUUUAGCAUCCUCACUGAAUCUGACUGGCUUUUAUUUUCCUCUCCAAAAUCAGGUUUUUGUUCUCAACAUCUUUCCCCAUCAUGUCCAGUCACUGUUUUGGUUUUGGCGCCAUCAAUAUCAAAUGUACAAACGGUUCUUGCUAACCAACACCAGGUAUAUCUGAUGUUCAGAUGAGUUCCAAUAAAAACAAUUUUUUUUUCAAAA